AUGGCGUCCAUACUUAAAAUGGAAAAGCAAAAGAGAACAGAAUUUACGCCAGAACAAGUGAGGAUGCUGGAGGAGGCCUAUGGACAGGGCACAAGGAAAGGAAAGGCCUGGUUAGGUGCUCACCAGGAAUUGGCAGCAAAAUUAAAUUUAACAGAACUUCAAGUAAAGAAUUGGUUGGGAAAUUACCACAAAUCCAAAAGUGGACAUGGUAAAUUGGUUCAAAGGAAGACACUCCCAGCAGUAAGGCCAACUGCUUAUUCCUUAUUUUGUAAGGAAUACUCCAAGGAUCAUCCUGGCUUUAAUCCUUCAAUAUGGAAAAUGGAGUGGGAGGCAGCUGGAGAGAAGGAGAAAGAGAGGUACGCAAAGAUGGCAAGGGAGAUGUCAGAAGAGGGGGGAAGUGUAUCAACAAAUGAUGAUCCCACUACUCAGAAGAAGACCAUUAGAACCCUUCUGAAGCAACUGGAAUGGACUAGUAGGCGAUUGGAAAAUAUGGGCUUGCCCAAUUUCGCUUUGGUGGCUGAAAAUAAUACUGUCCACAGCGUUGGAACAGGGAGGGGUCGAGAAUUCCUUGAUCGUGAGGAUAUUGAACCAAAUUUCAGCCGAUUUUGUAAUCAAGAUUAUUCUACUCCAGAGAAAUCAAAAGUCAAUGAGCUGCGAAAGACAGUUCAAGUACACAUGAACGAAUUAUACAGAAAGGCUUCAGGCAAAGCAGGGUGCUUUCCCUACAAGAUGGUGCGUAAAGGGGAUAUUGUGGUGGAGGGACUUCCCCAGGCUGUCUUACCUUUGCACCCUCCAUCACACUAUGGAGAAGAAAAGCUGCAGCUGUUGUUAUCUUGUCCCAGCAUUUCAGUAAAUUACCCACAGUCUGCAGAAGAACCUACAGAUUCUCUAUCCCAGGAACCAUUCAUUGAACACUCAUCAUCUGCAUCCUCUAAUGAACCAUCUACCUCCUCUACUAGGCCAUCAUCAUUGGAACCAUUGCCUACAUCAUCAUCACAGCAUGCCACUACAGAGAUGGAGGAUGUGGGAAAUGACCUUAUUGACAUACUUGGAGUGACAUCAGAACUAGGUACUGAUGUGUCUGUGGAGGAAAGGAACCUUGUUUCCAGUGCCGUAUUUGUGGAGCCGAAUGAGAAGAAAAUUAAGAAAGAAAUGAGGAAAAUGACGAAACAAAAAGGGAAAAGCAAAGGUAAGGAAUCAAAGGCAAAACAGAAGAAAAUGGCAUUUGAUGACAAUGAACCAGGAUUCUACUAUGUAGAUGAAAUAUUAAGUGAAAGGAAGAAAAAUGGAAAAUCAGAAUUUCUUAUUAAGUGGGAAGGGUAUGAAGAUCCCACGUGGGAACCAGAGAGAAACAUCCCCACACAUCUUAUUGAGGAGUUUAAGAAUGUCUGA